AUGGAGUCUCUGUCAGGAAAUUAUACUUCUCUGCUAAAUGAGUAUCAGCAGAAAACCCAAUGCACUGUUGAGUUUGAGGAGGGACCCACUGAUGGACCAAGCCACAAUAAAAGGUUUACUAUGAGAGCUAUUGUGAAUGGACAGAAGUUUCCUGAUGGUACUGGUAAAACCAAGAAGGAGGCAAAGCAAAAUGCUGCUAAAAACGCCCUGGAAGGCUUGAAGAGCACUCACAGUGAUGAACCGACUCCUUCACCCGUUGAAAACAUUUCAGUUAGUAAAAUAGCAUCUCAUCCGAAUUACACCUGCUGGCUCAAUGAGCAUUCGCAGAAGAGCAGGUUAAUGUUCAAGGCCUGCGAGUCGACUAAGAUGGAUCCAGGAAACCUCACCCGGUUAUGCACGUAUGUGUGUAAGUAUGUUUGUGAUGAUAAAGAGUUUCCUGAAGGUUAUGGGAAAAAUAAGAAGGAAGCCAAAGAGGCAGCGGCUCUUCAAGUUUAUGAAGAGCUCAACAGAACACCAAAUACAGAGGUCUUGGAUGAGAACAGCCAUAGAGCUCAGAGGUCAGAAACUACAUCUUAUAGCCUGGACCGCCGUUCGAGUGUUGCAGAUGAUUCUCGAAGCAGCACGCCUGACAACAACUACAUCGCAUAUCUCAAUAACUACUGCCAGAAGAAAAAACGUGUAUAUGACUUCAAAUUAGUGGACAGAAUAGGUCCUCCUCACAACCCAAUAUUUGUUUAUAAAGUUGUGAUGGAUGGGAAGGAAUACCCUGAAGCACAGGGAAGAAACGCUAAAGAAGCGAAACAAAAUGCAGCUCAACACGCUUGGAGUGAAAUUCGGGAUCAGUCUGGCUGGACCACACCGAGUUCUGAAGAUGGCGCAUUCUCACAAUCCCAAGAUACAUGUAAAUCUGAAGACGUCCAGCGCUCAGCGAACGCCUCCAGCACAAGUAAUUUCAUCUCCUUCAGAGACUCUGCUGCUGCUGCCAGUUCUCCAAUGGCCACUAGUCCUUCUGUGAGCCUAGUGGAUGUGAAGCCAAAAAUAAAAUUAGCACCAAGAUUUCUGUCACCAAACGGUCUGGACAGAAGUAAAGAGGGUGGUCCUGACAUGAAGGUACCAAACCCAGCAAAGGCAUCUGGAGGUCAAACUCCAAACAGUGCUACUAAAUCAAGGUUUUUAGAAGACUUUGACUCAAUAAAUCCGAUUGGGAAAGGUGGCUUUGGUCGAGUUUUCAAGGCAAGACGAAAGCUUGAAGACAAAUAUUAUGCCGUGAAGAUAGUGAAAAGUACAGAGAAAGCUCGUCGUGAGGUUGGUGCUUUGGCUGAUUUUAAUAAUCCCAACAUCGUCCGCUACUUCUCGUCUUGGGAAGAGGACACAGCAUACAAACACGAGUCGUCAGAGAGCUUCUCAGACUCUGGCAGCGGCCCGGGAACAAAGUUUCUCUACAUUCAAAUGGAGUUUUGUGAAGGAAACACACUUCGAGUCUGGAUUAAAGAAAGAAACUCCUCAAGCAAACAGUCCCCGGAGCGAAGAACAGAAGCAGCUCAGAUCUACCGGCAGGUGCUGAAGGCUGUGGAGUACAUUCACUCAAAAUCAUUGAUCCACAGAGACCUGAAGCCUCCAAACAUAAUGUUCAGCAGUGAGGGAAGAGUAAAGGUUGGAGACUUUGGCCUCGUGACUGCGGCAGAAAAUGAAAAUGAGGAGCAACUGCUGGAACGAACUAAAAGGACGGGAACACGUACCUACAUGAGCCCAGAGCAGAUGAAUCAAACAACAUAUGACAGAAAGGUGGACAUCUACGCUCUGGGUCUCAUCUAUUUUGAACUUGUCUGGAAUCUUGGCACAAUGCAUGAAAAGGAAAAGAUAUGGGAUAAGUUAAGAGUGAGGGUUUUUCCAGUGCAGUUCACAAAGAUGUUUAUCUUUGAGCACAAGUUGAUGGAGCGAAUGCUGAGUCCCAGACCUGAAGACAGACCAGAUGCCACAGACCUGAUCCUGGAUCUGGAUCAACAUUACACACUCCUGAAGACUGAUCAAGACCUCAGGACCGUCUGA